UCCACCAAUCAGUUCAAAGGUAAACAGGGGAGCGGCUACGUGCCCGCGGUCUGUCCGGGUUCAGUGCGGUGAGAGAGGCGCUGUGGUGCGGAGGAGCAGAGCUGGGGUUAGAGCUGAAACUUUUAACCCACAUUAAAGUCCCUGUGGCAUUCUUGGAGCACAAGCAUUUGGAGUCGGGGAAAAGAUAUGGAUUUCUCCUGGUUCAUCUGAGAUCACACCAGAAGCCAAAAUGGGGAAUGGGAUGUCAGAUCAGACCGGCCUACUUUCAAAUCUUCCCUGUUUUAAGUCUGUCCACAUUGCUAUAUUGGGUCUGGACUCAGCAGGGAAAACCACUGUGCUUUACAGACUACAAUUCAACGAAUUUGUGAACACUGUUCCCACUAAAGGAUUCAAUUCAGAGAAGGUAAAAGUAACACUUGGAGACUCCAGAACAGUGUCUUUUCACUUCUGGGAUGUUGGUGGUCAGGAAAAGCUCCGUCCACUCUGGAAGUCCUACACUCGCUGCACGGACGGCAUUGUGUUCGUAGUGGAUUCGGUGGAUGCUGAGAGGAUGGAGGAAGCCAAAACAGAACUGCACAAGAUCGCACGUUCCUCAGAGACUCAAGGUGUACCUGUGCUUAUUGUUGCAAACAAGCAGGACCUAAGACACGCUUUGUCUGUGGAAGAGAUUAAGAAGAUGCUGGCACUUGGAGAGCUGGCCUCCAUCACACCAUGGCAUUUACAGCCAACAUGUGCCAUAAUAGGUGAUGGACUAAAAGAAGGACUGGAAAAACUGUAUGAUAUGAUAUUGAAACGGAAGAAAAUGUUAAAACAGCUGAAAAAGAAGUGAAUAUUUUAAAGUAUUAAAAAAGAUGAAAAUGUUA